ACGUUGGGCUGGCUUUGCUGCAGGUGAGCCAGGCCGAUGGCGGUGACUACAGCCCUGUCUGCUGCAGCGGCGGCUGCGGCCCUAUCAGGCCUGGCAAUGCGACUGUCGCGUUGGGCGGCGACACGCGGCUCCUACAGCGCCUUCUGCAAAGGGCUCACACGCACGCUGCUCACCUUCUUCGACCUGGCCUGGCGGCUGCGCGUGAACUUCCCUUACUUCUACAUGGCGGCCUCGGUGAUGCUCAAUGUCCGCCUGCAGGUGAGGAUCGAGUGAGCCAUCGCCCGACACCACGGCGGCCCCUCCGGCGGAGAGCACCAUCCGCGCCACCCGCGCCAGGCGGCCGCGGGAAGGACCGUGGGGCCGCGCAGUGCCCAGAGACUGCUGCGGGGGGCGCAGGCGGGACGGCCAGCCGGGCCCCUCCAUUUUAGGCCUCCGCGGAGGAUCCAAGGUCUUGCUCUUCUAGGUGAUGGCUCACCACUUCUGAGAUCAUUUCAAGAUGGAUCCCUACCUAGAGAUGCCUGCUGCUGUUCCUGUAGCAGCCCGAGGAGCAGCUGAGUGAAGAGCCUACCUAGAAGAGGAAAGGCCUUUCUGGUAGAGGCCUAGAGGUGUGGCAUGGCUCGGGUCUUCUGGCCCUUCCAUAGAAAAGAUGCCAGUGUACCUUGGGCACUGAUACCUCCUAGCAACACUGUGAGGGAGAUGUCUUCUCCCACCUCAUGAACUCAGUGGGGCUCAAUGAAAGGCGUGGGUUUUGUCCUUGUUACACACAGAAUAGUGGGGAGCUCAGCCUUCCCUGGACCUGCAUUUCCCCACCCCCUCUGCAGUCUUUGUGACCUGGCAGGACAUUGGGGUUGGGAGGAAGUGGAGAGCUGCCAGGGGACCUAGGGAGAAAGAGAGACCAUGGGGUAGGGAAGCUGGGCAUCUGCCUUUCCUUGGAGUGAUAUGGAAAGUCAUGUUGAAGACGGGAAUAGCUGUGGUGGGGGACAGAGAAAGGAGUUUCAGUCCCCUGGUAAGCCAUCUACUCUCAACAGAGCCAAACAUCCCACCUCAGCAGAGUCUGAGCAUGAGUUCCUGAGCAAGUCUGUGGUGCAGACCUCUCAGGUUGGUGAUAGAGUGGUGGUGAUGAUGGCUUUGUGGUUUGUAAGGUCAGGGUACAAGCAGGAGAGUGAAGAGGUUGAGAACCUUGGUCCACAUCUCUGUGUUCUGAACCUUAGGGGCCUAGCCCUGGAAUCACAUGGAGAAGUAUCAUAUAGAUAGAUGGCUUUAGGACAGUCCAGGGGGUUCUGGGUGGGGUGUCGAAAUGGCCAGGAAUGACUGAAGGGACACCCAUCUGCUAUUUCCCUCAGCUCUUCUGGCACGGAUAGCUCAAGGCCCAUGUAUCCAAUUCUGGGGAUGGAAACCUUAAUAACACUAGGCAGCCCCAGGGACGGAGUGGCCUGGGUGCCCAUUAAGAGUCAGGGACCCAGAUGAAGAUCUCCAGUUCUCUCACUUUAGGUGCACAGACUGAAAAGGUGGCUACUUCGUGUCCCCCUGCUGUUUCCCACAGCCCAGGAUGGAUACCUUUCUUCUGCCAAAUUUCAUUGAGUGGUCUAUGUAUGUAUAAUUACAUGUGUGUUAACAUGUUUAUGUUUGGGGAUUGCAUGAUUGAGGAGGAGUUUCACAGGUGUCCUGUUCUUCCUGUAGAAGAAGGACCUGGACUUAACUUGGAGAAAUGGGUCCGAGGCCCCGCCUUCUUAGACCUCCCAGUCCAGAGAAGCCCCUCCCUGCUCAUGCUCAGGCAUGGACUAUGGUGUGAGGUCAGAGGCACUGGCAUUGGACUGGAUUCUGGGCCCAGUGGUGUCAGUCAGAACACGGGGAUAGAAGGAGGACUCAGCUUUGUGUUGGUGUCCCAUUCUGGCCCUGAGUAGUCUGAGCUUCUGCGUUCCCCGCCCCCUGGGCUACCUUUGUUCCUCCAUGGUGCCCUUGCUGCGUGAUGGGGUGGUGAUGCACUUGAUUUCCUUGCAGUCUGCAUUGCAGGCAGCGGAGCUUCAAUCAGUUUGGAGACUUGACCUGGAUGAGCGUGCAUUUCCAUGUGUCAUGAACUCUGCACUGCCAGUGUUGUCUGGUCAGAGAUGCAGUCCCUGAUGUUGUCUCUUGUUGUUGUCCCCCAAAGUUAAAAGAAAAUCCUCGAGUUCAGUACACCAAAUACUGCCUGGACGCCUCCUGUUUUUCUUGGGUGCCAUACCGUA